AUGCGGACUUCUUUUUGUCCUUUGUUGACGAUGUCCACUUGGAAGCCUGCAUCUGGUCACAUCCUCUACCUUUCUGCCCUCCAUUCUUGCUAUAGUAUCUCCACUCUCUCAGGCGCACUUUCUUUAUGCAUAUCUAACUGUUGUUCUGACCAUUUACGUCGCCCGCGGACGCCCGAGCUUCAAUCUCCCCGGAUUCUUUUCCAAACCACUCCAGUUUGCACCGCCUGGAGCUCAGCCAAGCCCCAUGAGGGCGUCCUUCCCUCCUUCAAUGCCAAAGAAUCGGUCACCCAAAACCAGUUCUUUUCCAUUAUUCAAACAAACGAGUAUCGUUCUUCCGGACGAGCAAGGCUGUCCAAGCUCAGCGCUCAUGGUCUUCUACUAACUCUCAUGCCUUCCAAGAAACUCAGUGAUGCGGAGCGUCUUGCAGCGCUCGAAGCUGAGAACAAGCGUCUCAAGCGACAAGCUCGAGCCCAAAAGUACUUCGAGAGUAGAGUGACAUUGUCAAAGCAACGCAAGCCAGUCGUGGAGAAGGUUGUUCUCCUAAUACAAGCGGAGAUUAAUUUCUACCAUCAGUUUCAAGAUGGAUGGCCCAUUCGUGAUAUCCUGGCCCGAUAUCUCUCAAACAAAUCUUCGCGCAACAAGCAGGACAUAGAGGCAGAGCGCAAGGACGCGAAAGCCGAUUCACGAAAGCGGCGAAGGGAUGCGUCCGAAAACUCUUCUGAUGAAGAGGAAGGGGAGGACCAGGAGGACGAAGAGGACAGCGCAGGGGAGGAUGAGCUGCAUAAAGGGUAUGACACCGAUCAUGAGGAUUUGGCCAAAGGCAAGCGGAAAAGGAAGGGACCGUCGCCCAGUAGGGGAAAGGCUCGAAUCCGAGAUGCCGAACCUGCAAAGAAGAAAUCGGACAAGCGCGCUGUCGAGCUGAUGUUUCUCAAGAAAUCAAGUGUCCCAACGAAGCGCGCGAAAAAAAUUAAAGCCAAGAAAAAUAUCAUAGUGUCAGAUUCUGAAGAUGGCGAACAACGUCGUAGAUCAGUCUCUUUGGCAGGAGAGAAUUCACCCCGCCGACGCACAGAUCUUGUUCAUGCCAAGGGUAAGGCCGGUUCACACCAGGACCUCACCGCAAUUGAUCAUACAGAUAAUCUGGCUACCCGUUCGAAGGGUAAAAGUGUCCGAGCUUUCUCGGAGCUGACCAACGCCAAUGAAAUUUCGACCUUCCGUGAUAACCUCAGUCUCAUAAAUCAAUGUCCCGUGGUGGGAUGUGAUGAAGACAUGCCUGUUGAGCCUAGCGACGCGCUCACGGACCUCAUUCAUACCUACAACGAGCUCAGAUGUGUUUCCGAGCCAUUCGAUAAUGGGGAGCAUCUGACAGAAGUGAAGGAUGCGAUAUGCACGGAGAUUCGCGCUGGAAACGUCAAGAUGGAUGGUCAGGAUCAAGCUUGGACAGAUUUUUGUGAGAAGGUUCCGGACAUCGACGCCCUUCGGAGAGACCUUUCAAUACAAAAGCGAGUCGCUUACCUCAAAAAUGUGGGAUAUUUCGGCGGCAUGGGCGAAUUUGUCAUCAUGAACACGCUUACUGCAGCGUGUCGUAUAUAUCGUCCAGAGCUGUUCGCUCCUUUGGAACCACGGGAGUUUCUAGAUUUUAUCGUCAUUCCCCAUGUGGCAACUUUCCUAAUGGCUCAGGAUUACCACGACGGUGACAUCGAUAAACCACAAUUCCUUGGCUGCUAUCGCCGUAUGUUGUGGUCGAGCGCUGAGUAUGGUAGGAUCGUGUUUCCCUGGCCAAGGCAUGACAACAAGGACGCAACCAUUAUUGAAGAGGCAAAUGAGAAAUUAUCGGAUUACAUAAAGUUAGAGAGGCCAAGAGAAAAUUCUAAACACCAAGAUAUUUCACUGAAGAGUCCAUCCCCGAGCAACGCGAAAGCACGAGUCCCGAGCAUAUCUGCCACAUCACCCCACCGCUCUGAAGAAAUCGGUCACGCUCCCGAAGGGGGGCCCAACGAGAGGCGCGCCAGGUGUCAACCGGCACUGGAACACAUGGAUUGUGAUCCCGUCGUCCCACCAAAAAUAAGGGAUAAAAAGCAACGGCCACGCCAGAUCGAGACGCUAAAAUCGGUCACCCUCUCUACCCACCCCGAAGGACGAACCAACUCGUACUCUCCGCUCCAAAACACGCUCGAAGGUAUUGGCUGGGGUCAUCGUACCCAUAUGUUUCUAAUUGUGUUGAAUGUAGGCCGUAUGAUGGUCUUUGCGCCCACGAUCUUUUUCGCUCUCUCACUCGCGGCUUCCGCAUAUACGCUUUGA